GCGGGGCUCCGGUUGCACACAGGUGGAGCGCUCCUCCUCUGUCCGUGGUGCUGAAAGCUUCUCUCACUCCGGACGCGAACCUCCUCCACCGGCCGCCUAAAACCUGCAAGCCCAUCCAAUAUCCCCAACGAGCUUUCCCACUAUUACAUCUUGAUACACGCGUCUUUCUAACGGCCAGUGGAUCUUAAAAAAAAGAAAAGAAAAAAGAAAAUGGCUCUGCGUGGAUUAAGAGACUGCGCAAGGCAAAAACGGAUUUACAGGAGCCCCGCUUUGUGACUGUGGAAGCAGUCUUUGCACACUGAGCGUCUUCGUCCUUUCCUUAUUCAAGCUCCAUUGGAUCUCCAGAAUACAAGACGUUUCUCUUGAGGGGGGGUUGGGGGGGGGGGGGGGGGGGAGCGCAACGAAAACUCGAAUUAUUCGGAUUAUACUGACAAUAUGAACAUACAUCACUUGCUUUUCUUAUUCUAGAAUAGUCGUGCAGUGAUCAUUUUUGGGGGACAUGGAGCCUGAGAGCAGUGAGGGAGCUGUUCCAAAGACUAAAGAGGGACUAAAACAGAUCGCAGGGAAGGCCCUGGGAAGUCUGUACAGGAGGUUGGAGAAGCGGCAGCAGACGGGCGAGGCCAUCGAGCUGACCGACGAUGGGCGGCCCCGGGCCGAGCAGGGCCGCAGGGGGCCCCUGUGCGACUGCACGUGCUUCGGACUUCCACGCAGGUACAUCAUCGCCAUGCUGAGCGGCCUGGGCUUCUGCAUCUCCUUCGGCAUCCGCUGCAACCUGGGCGUGGCCAUCGUCAGCAUGGUCAACAACAGCACCAUCCACCAGAACGGCAAGAUCAUCAUUAAAGAGAAAGCGAAAUUUAACUGGGACCCCGAGACGGUGGGGAUGAUCCAUGGCUCCUUCUUCUGGGGUUACAUCGUCACCCAAAUUCCAGGGGGAUAUAUUUCCUCCAGACUGGCUGCCAACAGGGUUUUCGGGGCUGCCAUUGUGCUCACAUCCAUCCUGAACAUGUUCAUCCCCUCUGCGGCCCGCGCGCACUACGGAUGCGUCAUCUUUGUGAGGAUAUUACAAGGCUUGGUUGAGGGAGUGACUUAUCCAGCGUGUCACGGCAUCUGGAGUAAAUGGGCUCCUCCGCUGGAGAGGAGUCGUCUGGCAACCAUCUCUUUCUGUGGAUCCUACGCUGGUGCGGUCAUAGCCAUGCCUCUCGCUGGAAUCUUAGUCCAGUACACAGGGUGGUCGUCCGUCUUCUACGUGUACGGCACCUUUGGCUUAAUCUGGUACAUGUUUUGGAUCUUGGUGUCCUACGAGAGCCCGGCCGAGCACCCGACCAUCACGGAGGAGGAGCGCCGUUACAUCGAGGAGAGCAUCGGCGAGAGCGCCCAGCUGACGGGCGCCAUGGAGAAAUUCAAGACCCCUUGGAGAAAGUUCUUCACCUCCAUGCCCGUCUAUGCAAUUAUUGUGGCAAACUUCUGCAGGAGUUGGACCUUUUAUCUCCUGCUCAUCAGCCAGCCUGCUUACUUUGAAGAAGUGUUUGGCUUUGAAAUAAGCAAGGUCGGAAUAGUGUCAGCGCUCCCCCACCUGGUCAUGACCAUCAUCGUGCCCUUAGGAGGCCAGUUAGCCGACUACCUGCGUACACACAACAUCCUGUCCACCACCACGGUCCGCAAGAUCAUGAACUGUGGAGGAUUCGGUAUGGAGGCCACCCUCCUCCUGGUGGUGGGUUAUUCUCACAGUAAGGGGAUAGCUAUCUCCUUCUUGGUGCUGGCGGUGGGCUUUAGUGGCUUUGCAAUAUCAGGUUUUAAUGUCAACCAUUUAGACAUCGCUCCACGUUACGCCAGCAUCCUCAUGGGCAUCUCCAAUGGCGUGGGCACCCUGUCAGGGAUGGUCUGCCCUCUAAUCGUGGGAGCCAUGACAAAGAAUAAGACUCGGGAAGAGUGGCAGUACGUCUUCCUGAUUGCCUCCCUGGUGCAUUACGGGGGCGUGGUCUUCUACGGGAUCUUCGCAUCCGGGGACAAACAGCCGUGGGCUGACCCGGAGGAGACCAGCGACGAGAAGUGCGGUUUCAUUGAUGAAGACGAGCUGGCCGAAGAGACGGGCGACAUCACGCAGGGUUACGGCGUCAUGGGCGGGCCCGCUAAAGGCUACGGGGCCACCGCACAGCUCAAUGGAGGAUGGGUGCAGGACUGGGAUAAGACGGAGGAGUAUGUUCAGGAACCAGCCGGGAAGAUGUACUCAGAGCGAGGCUACUCUUAAGAGCAGAUACCCGUAUGUCUAAUUUCCAUCAAAGAUUGCACAAUUGAACAUUAUAGAUAGAUGAUUCCAUUCUGUGUAUUCUAGUUGUACGGCGGUUCCGGUUUCUAACAGCCAGUGUAAUGGGGAGUCCACGUUAGAUUCCCACACACUUCUCAUCCCAUCCACAGUCAGCGUAGAGAGGUUGCAAAGCAAGCUGCAGGCAUACGUUGUAGUCUUAGGCACCCAAACCUCAUCAGUUUACUUGAACAACACGAGCCAGACGACACUGCAGUAGACCAUCACAAAAGGUCUCUCUCCUAUUGCACUGAAACUACGACAAGAAUUCUAAUAAAAAAACAGAUUAUAUUGUGUUUUAUGUACUGUAUAUACCUGUAUACUGUUUCUGUGAGACUAUUGUGGAUUUGGGUCGUUGAUCUGUGUUUAACAUUGAUAUAAAAAGGCCAUAUUUUUCAUGGACAGCACCUUUUCAGGGAGACGGCUGCUUGCAAAAAAGGGUCUCCUCCUCCUCGAGCGAGACGUGUAAUACUCUCGAGGACAAAAAUAGGGCGAGUGAACCUUAGGAUUGUUGUGUGUGUUUGUUGCAUGACUUUGCGCCAGUCAAUGUUGAGCUGCUGCGUUGUCCUCAUUCAUCCACCCGCCAUGACAGAUGAGAAAAUAAACUAUGUGCAAUGCGAUGGUGAGGUGAGACAAAUCAAGAGGUCGGUUGUUCAUCCGAGUUUGGUGUGCACUGCAAUAAACCCUGUGUAAUGGCUGCUACCCACCACCUUCUGUUUUUGUAACGUAACACUGGCUUGUUGUUUCAAACUGUUCUUGUUUUGGAGUCAUGUGAUGAUCACCGAUAAGAUGCGUGCUUUUAACAAUUUUACCCAUGUCCCGAGAAUCCAGCUUUAGUGCUCAUUUUGCCGACUUUUGACAGUGAAGAAUGCAGUACUGUAUGUGGACGACUCCUUUGGUGUUUCUUGCUUCUUUUCACUCAAGCGACUUUAUGGACGCAUGAGUAGCCCACAUCCAUUCAAAGAAGGCUCUCCCAUUUGAAUUUCUUUGCUACUUUGCUCCACCAUUUGCUGUAUGAAAUCUGCAAGGAUGUUUAAAAUAUAUAAAUAUUUAAGAAUGUUUCAGAUGGGCAAAAUAUGUUAUUAUGGCAUUGUGCCGGAAGUCAAUGUAUACAGAUAAAUGUGAUUUUAUGGAUACAAAUAUUGUGUUUAACAAAGAGGUAUGUUGAUGUUAAAAUGUGCGAUAAAAAUGUUCAUUUUUAAAAAAAAACAAAACAAUAACAACGCAAAACUCCU